AUGUCCAACGUGGCCAUCGCGGGUGAUAUCGGCGUCAAGCCGGUCGAGAUGACUGGAAUUCACACCCAGCUUAUCAUCCCCAGCCCUCUCAUAAACUGGAUUCUUCCUGCACGAGUUCGAAGCAAGCAUCACAGGGACGUUGUCUUUGUGGGCGAGCGACGGAUCCAGGUCAAGGAAGCCCUCCCCAGUGGCAAUCUUGCUGAUGUCUUCGAGAAGAAUGACUUGAAUGGCUCACCUCUUGGAGCCAAAGUUAUUAAUGUCGACAAUCAGCCCCCCUGGGUAAAUCAGGCAGCCCACACAAAUUCGUCGAUUGGAACUCUACAAGCCGAAUCUCUUGCCCCUCAGAUCCUAUUCCUCGCGCUAGAUUCGAACGAACUACUCUUUGUGUAUUGCGAUGCAGAGGGAGAAGACCAUUUCAUCACUCAUUACCGACCAUUGCCUCGUGAUGUAAAUGCAGCUGAGAAAUAUGGUCGCCACAUUGCGGUGGAUCCAAAAUCGCGAGCAGUUGCAGUCAGCGCGUCGCGCAACUUCUUUGGUAUGAUGUGGCUACAUUCAGCCAACACUAUUCAGUAUGAGAUGAUCCGUGGACGUCUUCGGCCCAUUGAAUCGGAAAACUUUUUCAAGAUUACUGGCGACAUCCUGUUCAUGGAAUUUCUUUACCCCAAAGCAGUCGAUGAUGACAAGAUCAUACUGCUUCUCAUCGUGCACAAAGAGUCUACCACACAGGCUCUCUUCUAUGAAUGGGAUGGAACUCGCGUGGAGGAGCGCCUUUCUCCUAACAUCACAACUAUUUCUCUGUCUCCGCAAGAUUCACUUCCAACCAUGAUCGUGCCCUUGGCGAAAGAAUCCUCAUUCUUGCUCAUAACCACAACUUCAAUGGCGAUGUACACACCUCAUAGCUUGAAUCGUCCCAUGAGGUACCCAGCCAUAAUUCCCGAUUCGGAUGCCUCUCAAAUUGGUCUCUGGACCCGUUGGGCAAGGCCUUCCCGAAAUUGGCUGUACAGCCAAAGAUACGAUGGCAUCUUCCUCUGUCGAGAGGAUGGGUGGAUCUAUUAUCUUGAGUUCGGCAAUGAGGGCGAACUAGAGACUCAAACCUCUUUGGGUCAGCUCCAUUGUGAUGUCGAUACCGCAUUCGAUGUAUUGGAUAUGGGCCACGAAGGUGGUGAUUUUAUUCUCGCUGCUGGGAGCCACGGUGAUGGCGGCCUCUUUGUUCAAGAGGCACGAGACCAUCCACGAUGUGUUCAGCGGUUUCUCAACUGGGCACCCGUCACCGAUGCUGUUGUUUUGCCUUCAUACUCCCAAUAUCCCCUCAAAACCGAUCAAGAUCAAGAUCGGUUAUUUGUCUGUUCUUCUUCAUCUCCCUCGGGCAAUGGCGGCAUUACUGAAUUGCGGUAUGGAGUCGAGGCGCAGGUUGGCGUUGAAAUCUCUCUAGAUCGAUUUUCGAACAUUCGUGACAUGUGGGCAAUGGCAAAUGAGACGACUGGCGAGAUUUACCUCAUGAUUGCCGAUCCAAUGACUUCGCUCCUUCUUCACACUACCUACAAUCUGGAAGAUGGAAUUUCCGCUGUCGAGCAUGGUACUGCCUUGGACCCUGGAGACACUUUUACCUUGGCGACAGGAUCUACACAGAGUGGGAUUAUUGUUCAAGUCACAGCAAAGGCCAUAACCCUUUUGAAAACCGAUGACCCCCUCUCCACUCAGAGUAUUCCGCACAACCCUUCUUAUGCCGUGACAACAGCUACAGUCGAUAAAGCAAAUUCUUUGAUUAUCAUGACUGUCGAAGACUCCAAGGGAAUCUAUCUUCAUCUCUCUAAGAUUGUUGAAGAUAAAGAGCACCCUUUGGAUCAUCUUUUGAAUCCAAUUUCUCUUCAGAAGACACCUAUCUCAAUUUUGUAUCAAAGUUGGGGUAUGACCGCGCUUAUCUUUCUAGGCACUGGUGAUGGCGAUGUGCUGGUCUACCAUGUCAGCAAUGGCACUCUGUCUGUCAGCCAAGUCGCUAGUGUCAGUAUUUCGGUCAAUGUUGAAGAUGACAUAUCAAGAGCAAUUGACAGUCUUGCUAUUGUUCGCAAUUCUGCUGGUAAUGAAAACAGUUUAAUGCUUUUCUGCGGUCUUCGGAGUGGCAUUCUUGUGCCAUUUGACAUAGAGGUGAACGGCUUCGGCCUUCAAAAAAUGCAUCAGCAAACACCAAGACAUGUUGGAAAGACCUCGAUUACGCUCAAGGCUUUAAAUUCGUUUGCCUUGCUCACAUGUGGCGAUGGCCUCUGGCGUAUUUCAGAUGCAUCCAACCAUAAUUCUUCAGAUUACUUGCUGUCUCGUGUCUGGAUCACUAAUCAAAGCUGCCCCGCAUAUUUCCCUGUCACCCUUUCCAGCUUUAGUUUUGUUGAGACAAAGGACCCAGAAACUGGUUUUACAAGCGUGGUGUUGUUCUGCUAUGCCGACAACAGUCUUUUGGUCUGCUCUCUAGGUUAUGAAGCCAAGACUGUUCCACGACGCAUUGAUGUCCCAGGAAUUCCCAACAAGCUGACUUAUUCGAGACACCUUCGCCGUUUCGUUAUUUCCUACAGUAUUUCCAAGACUUGCUUCCAAUCAGGUCGCCUCGGUCGUGCCACCAAGUCAUACAUCGAGUUUGUGGAUCCGGACUCCCAGAACCCUAUUGAGCAUGGUGGUAAAGAGGCAGUAGCAGCAGGCGAAAUGCCAUGGAGACCAAGCGGAUCAUCUGGGGAGAAAGUCACCUGCAUCUUUGACUGGACUGCUCAAAAGAAUGGCAAUGAAUAUCAUCUUGUUGCAAUUGGGACUUCCCUACCUAUCCUCGAUGACCCUAAUGAUCGCCAAGGCCGGGUGUUGCUGCUUCAUGCCUCUCCCGAUCCCAACAACCCGGAACAGAUCAACUGUGUUGAAAAAUACUCGCAAACUUUGGACAAACCGGUCUAUGCGAUGGCGGCAUACCGUGAUAGCUUGAUUAUUGCCUUUGGGAAGAGACUAUUCCCGGUCGUUGCAAGUAACUCGGAGGUGAAAUGGCGUCGCGAUAUUAUGGCUGUGCUUCCGUCCCCAGCCAUCUCCUUGACGGUACACGGUGACUUGAUUUAUGUCACGACCUCGCGAAGUUCCACUCUAAUCUACAAGAUUGUCGAUGGUGACAUUCUGGAGAUCGCUUCUGACGGCAUCGCUCGCGAUGGCCUGUCGCAUGCCUUUAUCAAUGCAGACGGAAACCAGUCGAACAUGAUUGUCGUUGGCACUCGAGGCGGCUCCGUUCGAGUCUUCGAAGAUGACUUCAAUUUCCUAAAUUUGACAGCUGGUCCAUCGGCCCAACUCCCCGUCUCAAUGUUAAGACUUGCUCAGGGAAGCAAGUCCCCCUCGCUACUGCCCACCACUACAACUACCUUGUAUGGCUUUGCCCUCACUGGAUCGGUUUACCGAAUUCUGAUUCUUGCUGAGCCUGAGAGGCGUCUUCUCCAAAUCCUUCUCAACUUGUGCCUCGAAGACAAAGCUAUCUGUCCCACUUGGUCUGCCAGAAGACGCUACAUCGCCCCAAAUGAAAAGCUCGCAGCCGGCAUGCAUGUGGAUGGAACGAUUUUGUCUCGUCUCGUCGAGCGUGAUGCACACUAUCUCAAGAAAAUGCUUGCUCAAUACACUGUGAAGCGGGCAGGAGCCUCACAGCCUACCCUAGCCGACAGAUUCAAUGAGGCAGCUGAAGAUGUUGUUGGAGAAUCCGAGGACCAAAUCCAGGCUGUCUUCAAGUGGCUUCGGGCCUUUUUGCAUGUCAAGUUUUGA